AUGCCUCAACUGGAUAAAUUCACUUAUUUCACACAAUUCUUCUGGUCAUGCCUUUUCCUCUUUACUUUCUAUAUUGCCAUAUGCAAUGAUGGAGAUGGACUACUUGGGAUCAGCAGAAUUCUAAAACUACGUAACCAACUGCUUUCACACCGUACGAACAACAUCCGGAGCAAGGACCCCAACAGUUUGGAAGAUAUCUUGAGAAAAGGUUUUAGCACCGGUCUAUCCUAUAUGUACUCCAGUUUAUUCGAAGUCUCCCAAUGGUGUAAGGCCGUCGACUUAUUGGGAAAAAGGAGGAAGAUCACUUUGAUCUCUUGUUUCGGAGAAAUCAGUGGCUCACGAGGAAUGGAAAGGAACAUAUUCUAUUUGAUCUCGAAGUCCUCAUAUAGCACUUCUUCCAAUCCUGGAUGGGGGAUCACUUGUAGGAAUGACAUAAUGCUAAUCCAUGUUCCACACGGCCAAGGAAGCAUCGGUUUUUAA